CAUUUCCUGUAUCAUUAUCUUUUGGUUCUCAUAAAAAUGCCUCUUAAUAUUGAUCUAAACACUCCAUAUAUUGAUCAUGAAAUGAUGGAAUGCAACAUAGCACCAUCCAUUAAUCUAAAUGAUCCUUCUUCAAGUAAUUUUAACUUGUCUUUUAAGGACCUACAUGGUAGUUCAUCAAAUGAAGAAUACAUGGAAGAAGCUAAUAUGUUCAAUUGUGAAAAUGAUUUUGAACAUGGUAUUUUUAAUAUUAAUGAGGACAUUGAUGUUGAUGCUUUAUAUUCAAAUGAAGUUCAUGUCAUGGAAGAAGAGAGUGAAUUUAUUCCAAAUGAAGAAGAUGGAGAGGAGACUGAAUUUAAUCAAUAUGAAAGUGAUGGAGAAACUGAAAGUAUUGCAGCUAUGUCCACAAUGAAUAGUUGUGGUGGAAAACUAAAAUCCGGAACUGUUAUAUGGUUGGCAUCCAAAUACUCGGUAUCCAUCGAUGUUAUUUAUCGAAUUUGGAAGCAAGUAUCUCAAACAGGUGAUGCGUCUCAUAAAAGAACAAAAAAUUGUGGUCGGAAAAGAGUUGCGGUAGAUAUUGAAAAAGUGCGGGAUAUUUCGUUAGCUAAACGUAGCACUCUUCAGAGCCUCGCAUUUGCCUUGGGCAUUAGCAAAACAGCAUUGUUUAAGUUUGUAAAGGAUGGGACUUUGCGUCGGCAUUCAAAUGCUCUAAAGCCACAAAUGAAAGAUAGCAAUAUGAAAGAUCGUCUUAGAUUUUGCUUGUCCAUGCUUGAAGAAACUAGUCUUCCUCAUGAUCCGGAGUUUAAGUCUAUGCAUAAUAUCGUCCACAUAGAUGAAAAAUGGUUCUACAUGACCAAAAAAUCAGCUAACUACUACCUUCUUGAAAAUGAGGAUGAGCCAUAUCGCACAUGCAAAAAUAAAAAUUUUAUUGGAAAAGUCAUGUUUUUAGUAGCAGUCGCUAGGCCUAGAACAAGACUCAUGGAGUUUUGUACAAGAUGA